AGAAAAGUCAUAACAAGUGAAAAUAAACAAAUCCCACGUUUGAUGUGCUCAUCUGGGAGGCUCUUCUGGCUUAUCACAUUAUUAUUUUUGAUAAAUUUCUAAUUCGUGAUUGUGAUUGUGGUAUGCUAAUGAAAACCAGGUAGUUAUAACCUGUUAUAACUUUCAGUUUCAAGAACUAUUGCCCAAAAAUUGUCUUCCAAAGUUAUAAUUUCCAAUUUGUACAACAGUUGAAGAGUGAAAAUGGCAGCAUGCACGGAAAUAAUUGACGAUAUUGAAGAUCUUAUCCAAUCGCAAGAUAUUACCCCAAAGGAAAGAUACGCCAACAAGAGCAAUGUUACCGUUCGAGCAAGGAGGAUCAAGAAAGCUAUUGAAGCUAAAGAAAAGGAUGCAGCAUCAUUUCCGGAGAAACACGUACUGGAGAGUGUUAUUCCAGGAACUCAAUCAAUUUACCUCAAAACAUGGGGAUGCGCUCACAACAAUUCCGAUAGUGAAUACAUGGCCGGUCAGCUUGCAUCGUAUGGGUACAACAUAACCACAGAUAGAUCAAAUGCGGAUUUGUGGCUGCUUAAUAGUUGCACAGUGAAGAACCCAUCAGAAGAUACUUUCCGUAACGAAAUUCAAGCGGCUGGUAAAAUGGGAAAGCAUGUCGUGUUGGCCGGAUGUGUCCCUCAAGCCGCUCCCAAAUCGGACUAUAUGCAAGGUUUCAGCAUUGUUGGGGUGCAUCAAAUUGACCGGGUAACGGAAGUGGUCGAAGAAACUUUGAAAGGAUAUUCGGUUCGACUGCUCCAGGCGAAGAAAGUCAAUGGGAAAAAAGUGGCCGGUCCCCAACUGGCAUUACCAAAAGUGAGAAAAAAUCCCCUGAUUGAGAUAAUACCGAUUAAUUCGGGCUGUUUAAAUGCUUGCACAUACUGUAAAACUAAGUUCGCUAGGGCAGAUCUGGUUAGUUAUCCGGUAGAGGAGAUCGUGCAAAGAGCUGCUCACGUAUUUACUGAUGGCGUUUGCGAAAUUUGGCUGACUUCCGAAGAUACAGGAACAUAUGGUCGAGACAUUGGAACAUCACUCCCGGAGCUCCUGUGGCAACUCAUCGAUGUCAUUCCUGACGGAUGUAUGCUGCGUUUGGGCAUGACAAAUCCACCGUACAUACUGGAACAUCUGGAAGAAAUGGCCAAAAUACUUGCACAUCCCAAAGUGUAUGGCUUUCUCCAUGUGCCUGUUCAGAGCGGCUCGGAUGCUGUACUAGCGGAAAUGAAGCGCGAAUAUUGCCGGUCCGAUUUCGAACAAAUAGCUGAUUUUUUAAUGCAAAAAGUGCCUGGUAUAACAAUUGCUACGGAUAUAAUUUGUGGCUUUCCGACGGAGACGGAAGAAGAUUUUGAACAUACGAUGACACUGUGUGAUAAAUACAAAUUCCCCAGUUUGUUCAUCAAUCAGUUCUAUCCAAGGCCUGGAACACCGGCUGCAAAAAUGCAGCGAAUUCCAGCAGAUCAGGUGAAAGUUCGCACUAAGCGUUUGACAGAUCUGUUCUACAGUUACGAGCCGUACGUAGGAAAGUACGUACCUGGCGAUCGACAGAAAGUUUUGGUUACUGAAAUAUCUCACGACAAAAAGCAUUACGUUGGUCAUAACAAAUGCUACGAACAAGUUCUCCUGCCCAUGGAUAAAAACCUGCUGGGAAAACUUGUGGAGGUUGAAAUCGUUGGCAUUACCAAGUUCAGCAUGCACGCAAAGGUGGUCCAAGAAGAGAAAGAUUGGAUAAAAUGUACCACAUUGGAGAACAAAGGACAAGCAUUGGAAGUGGACGGCAAUGCUAUUAAAAUUGUCAACAAAGACGAGCAAAAAACAAAUUCGUAUACAGUCGUAUUAUUGUUCGCUUUCGUAUCCUGCGCCAUUGCACUCGUUUGUCGCUAUAUCAUGAUUUCACUGUAGAAACAAUAAAGAUAAUUGUUAAUAAAAACUUUAA